UUCACGCCGUCUGUUUUGUCAAUUGUAGUUGUGUACUCUCGCCUUGCGUUUUAAGAUGACAGACAGGGCGCCGCAGCAAUUAAAGGCCGCGAGAGCGCUGGCGGAAUUCGGCUAUGGAUUCAAUGAAGGUGAGAGGGUUUGUUUUGCUUGUUCCGGCUGUGAUUUUCCACUGUUUUCCUCUGCAGAGGGCAAACUGAGACAGCUGGAUGCGCACACUGGAGCCAUCACUGAUAAGGGCUUUGAGUUCGCCAUGUACAAGGAACACAAGGAGAAUCAGAAGCGCUAUGAGCAAAUUGGCGAAGUUAUCACGGACUAUGUUUACGAAAGACUAGAGGCUGUGGGAAUGGAGAGACUCCCCGUGCCAGUCGAUCCUGCACCUCCACUGAGCACCUUCGUCUUCUCCACGGCGAAGGAACUCAACCGUCCGGAGAAACUCCUGCUCUUGAUUCACGGCAGCGGCGUCGUGAAGGCCGGACAGUGGUCGAGGAGCCUCAUUAUCAAUCAUUCCAUUGCGGCCGGCACUCAGCUGCCAUACAUUGAAUCGGCGCGAAAGCAGGGCUUUGAAAUAUUGGUGACAAACACCAAUGACAACAUCGUGAACGGGAAACCGAUUCCCGGCAGCGAAGACUCUGUGGAACACGCGGUGUAUGUCUGGGAAAAGUACGUUCUGCCCGCGAAUCCAAAGUCAGUGGCCAUUGUGGCACACAGCUAUGGAGGUAUUGUUACCUUGGCGCUGGCCAGGAAGUAUCCUGUGUUCUUCAAGGAGAAGGUAUUUGCCAUCGGACUCACAGAUUCCGUUCACUUGGGCAUUAAAGGAUGCACAAAGGAAUUUCGCGACUACAUAAAAUCUAUCUCGCGGAAUUGGGUGCGCUCGGAGAAGCCGCUGGACACAAAGCUGGCCACUGGAGAUCCCGACGACGUGCCUCACUACUCGGCGGGUCACAUGCAGCACGAGUGGACGUCGCACACGUGCAUGAGCGCCCUGUUUGACUUCUUCCGCGAGCGCCACGAGGCUUUCCAGCGGGCGCAGAAGUGAGGCUGAUGGGCGCUCGGGGUUAAGCGCGAGCAAAGGUCCCCCGAAAAGCGACUCGCAGCGUGAACAUUGAUUUGAUAAUAAAACGAAUAAGA